CGCAGAACACGUUGUUACCUGUUACCUGGAGAGGAGAAAAAAACACUGUACUCUGUCUCUGUCUGUUCUUCUGCCCGAGGAAUUUAGCAAAAUAGGUCGCUCUAACUUGUCGCUCUGCAAAAUACACCGCUGCAAGUGAGGUCAGUAGCAGUAGGAGGAAGGAUCCAUUAGGAACUAGGAACACCACACGUUGCAUUGCAUUGUUAACUUGUCGCUCUAACAAUGCAAGUCUACGCGGGCUCACUUGCCAGGUGCUCCAAAAGUUGUUGCCGUGACCUCUUCUGGCGAGUGAACAUUCUUGAGCGACCUGUUUUUACGACCUGAACUAGUAGCGGUAUGUUUGGCAGAGCGGCAAGUUAGAGCGACGUAUUUUGCCAAAUUCCUCCUUCUACCCCGAGCGCAACAAUUUCCUCCCAGCCGCGACCUGUCUCUGUCUGUUCUUCUGCCCCGAUCGGCCGAUCCCACCCACGCAUCUCUCUCCGCGCCCGCGGUAGUGUUCGUGUUCCUCACUCCUCCCGCUUCCUUCCCCGACACUGCCUCAGCUCAGAUCCGCGGCGGUUUCCCGGUCCCUGGAUCUAAAGCGGCCGGUGAGCAGGCCUCCUUCCGCCGACGCGGACCACCUGGAGGGAAUUUAUCCUGGAGCCGUCUUCCUCCUCGCCUCCUCUCGCGGCGCGGCGCGGAGGCCGGAAUCACUUGGAGGUCUAGCUGUGUGUGGAUUGAUUUCUUCGUUUGUGGUGGCUAGAGGCACCUGGUUUGUUUCUUGCCGAAGCCCGUGGUACAUGUGAACAGCAGGGCCUGUCUUCUGCUUUUGCUUCUUAGCAAUGGCGAAUGCAAGCAAACACUUGCAACCUUCAAGCAAAUCAGGCAAUGACAGAAAGUACCAGGGCACACUGGUUGCUUCUCCAGCAAAGGACAUUUCACCGAAGUGUGCGAAUCGCAUUGUUCCAUCGAAACAACUGAUCUUGGGUGGGGAUUCAAUAGGCCAUCUGGCAUCGAUUCUGAUUAAGGUCGUUGCUCUCGAGGCAGUCAGAAGAGUUUCUAAAGCAAGAUACCCUUUCAUAUGGAAUUCUGUUCAAGCAUUGCAAAUCCUUGUGUAUCCUCCAUUUAGUUGGAUCCAAAGAUGGGCACCACUCAAAUUUCUUGUGCAGGGAAUUCAGGUUAUUCAAUUUCUCAUCUCUCCACAACGCAUGCUAUUUCGUUCCUUGACAUAGGGGAAAGACAGAAACUAUCCAUGCCACUGUUGUUUUUGUCAGUCACAACAACAGUAAGUGAGCUGUCCUCCAAGCGUGAUGAUGAACCAGAUAACAAUACAGAACAUUCUGAAACAAAUGAAUUGGCAUCAACUUCUGGCACAAGUGAUGCUGCUGAUGGCACAAAGGAAAUCGUACAAGAGAACUGGCUUGUGUUACUUUUCAGGGAGCUUGAGAAGCAAGGCAUCACUUUACCCGAGAGGUUUACUGAAGAUGAAUUACGCAGAUUUUAUGUUGCUGCAAAUGGUGACUUUUCAAGUUUACUCUCUUCGGUUAAGAAGACAAUUCGUUGGAGGGAAACGUUUCACAUACUUACACUGCAAGAACUUGAUAAAUGGUCUCACUUAGUCUUUUGGCAUGGAUUUGACACGAUGCUUCGGCCUUGUUUAGUAAUUCGUCUUGGACUUGCAUGCUCCAGCAUACCACCUUGUGAUAGACCCCGUUUUGGGCAAGCAGUAGUUUCUCAAAUUGACCAUGGUGUUGUAAAUUUGACCAACAAAGAAGAUUCAAGAAUUACCGUUUUGCUGGAUUGCCAUGGGAUUUCUCCAUUCAGAUUUCCAAUGCAAAUGAUGAGGUCAUUUGUCACUGUAGCUCAAGAAAACUACCCAAAUCGUCUUGGAGUAUUGUUUGUUGUCCGCCUUCCUCCAGUUGUCAGAGUUAUUGCACAGACAUUUCUUCAAGUUUUGAAACCAUCUACAAAGCAGAAGUUACGUUUUGAGGGAGAUUCAUACAAGAAGACGUUGGCGGAGUUCUUGCAGGCCGUGCCAGCGUUUCUGGGCGGUAAAUGCAGCUGCCCACGAUGUGAGAAGCCUCGUAAUAGUUCAGUGGUGCAGGCAGGGGAAGGGAGCAAGAACCAGGCUCGCUUGGUCAGCGUUGAUGGCGGAUCACCUGUCGUGGACUUCGACUUCGAUGAAGAAGAGAUCCCAUCACCUUAUAGCUGCGAGAACGCCAUCAGGGCUGCGAUAAUCUGCCUGCUGAUGGUGUGCAUCUUCAUCGCGUUUCUGGCUGGGAUGAACGACCCUGCAUCCGUUCCGCCCAGUGCCUGAGAGCUAUGGAAUCGCCUAGUCUCCCAUAGUAGAGCUUAGAUUGUCAGUUGAGUAUAUACACAUCUGUGUUGCUAUUUAGGAUGCUACUAGGGUGUUGUAUUCCCUGGCAGCUUCUUUCUCGGUUGUCGUCAGAUCGCCUUCUCUCCUAAUGUGAGCGGAGCAGAUGAAUAAAUAUCCUGUGUGUGGCAAAUGUUGGUUAGCAGUUCAAUUAGCCCUUCGAUAGUGUCUUUCUUUGCGUGCUUGCUGCAGUAGGGCAGUGUGAUUUCUCGUUAGUGUACGUAAACUCAAAGUUUUCAACCACAAGGCAACAACACACUGACUCUAGUGGUUUCAGCUCUUUAA